GUUAAAACGACUGGCGGUUCGUUAUCUAAACGUCAUUACCGAGCGUUUUAGGGUGUUUCCAUCCCGUUUGCAAUGCUGAUUGAAUGUCUUGUCUGUCCAUCAACUCGUCCCCGGGAUGAUACUGCAGAGAGAGUGCCGCUAGCUCGGUAGUAGCAUUGGCGUUAAACGUGGAUGACGGCAACUGUACACCGGAACGUCCUAUCAUCCGGACCACAGAAGAAUCAGGUGUCAUCAUUGAAUCAGUAAGAUGCAAGAUAACCGUACAGCCAACUAGAUACUCUAAUACAAACGUAUCGUAUUUAGCUUCUUGUACAGUGAUGUGCACUAUAGGUAGCUAGCUUGCUAGAAUAAGCUGCUGACAAAAAAUGCCAUUGCAUUUGCGUUGGACAGUUCGACGACAGCCAAAGGGGCCUUCCAAGGGACGACACUCCAUCCUUGUUACAAGAAGAUAAUUGACGUAGCCAAAAACAUGAGUCGUUACUGCACCCUGAACAACAACUUUCCCAAUGACAACAACCUCCUGGCCCUGGACAUGGUGCUGAGCUCUCUCUGGAGCAUUCCACAGCCCAUCAACUGGGACAACGUGGCCAUGCUGGUCCCUGGCUUCACACCCAAGGAGUGUGCGCAGAGGUUCGAGGAGCUGAAGAGCACCGGAGGGUUCCAUCACGUGGACGACCAAUGCAACGCGCUGACGGCAGGAGGCUCCUCCCCUGUGGACUACAUCAAAUCCACACUAUUGGACACCACGGGAGACGUGGGGGAGACGCGGACCAAUCAGAGCUCCAUCUCAGUGACGGGCCUGGCAGUGGACCCCUCAAGAGGAAGCUCGGUGGAGAAGGAGAGCAGGGAGUCUGCAGAGGAGGGCGAGAAGCCCCAGGAGGGGAAAGGGCCCAACAUGGUGAUCCACGUGUGUGACGAGGCUAAGAACCUGAAGCAGGACUUCAUGUGUCCCCGUGACCUUCUGAUCAACGAGAUGCGUUACUUUGCUGAGUACCUCUCUGUUGACACCCAGCGCUGGGAGGAGGUGGACAUCUCUGUGCACUGUGACGUGCAGAUCUUCGACUGGCUCAUGAACUACGUCAAGAGGCACAAAAUGGCCGUCGAUGGCAACAAUGACAAACCCAAGCUCGAGCCCAGCAAUGUGAUCUCAAUCCUCAUCUCCUCCGAGUUCUUGAAGAUGGACACGUUAGUGGAGGAGUGCAUCCAGUACUGUCACAAGCACAUGAGUGCCAUCGUGGCCACACCCUGCAACAUGAACUGCAUCAACAGUAACCUGGCAGCGGACAUGUCUGACCUCUUCAGCCACAACGAGGCAGACGACAUCACGGACAGAAAAGACAAGUUCAAAAGUAAGUUAUUCCAGAAGAAAAUAGAGAGUCUCUUCGAUCCUGACUAUAAGAACCGGGACUCCCCAGGCAACGCAUCAUCUCUGUACAGGUGUGGUCUGUGCCUGAAACUGCUGACCAAGGACACAGAGCGGAAGAUCUCCUGCAUCCCAGGGAAGAUCAACAUCAACCCUCGAGGAGACAUCACCUACACUCACAGCAGGCAGAAGAGAUGGGAGGUCCAUGAUUACAUGACAGAACUGUAUGAGGAGCUGAAGUCCUGGGUGUUGGUCUACUGGAGGAUCUGGGGAACCAUCAACCACCUCACCUGCUCCCACUGCCAACAGGUGUUUGUGUGUGCGGAGCUGUCCCACUGUCGGUAUCACCCAGAGGUUGUGUUGUACCCAGGCAUGGGGACAGAGCAGGGCUGGCACGGGACGGGCAUCUACCCCUGCUGCAACCAGAGGACGCUACGCUUUGACCCCACCGGCAUGCCCAAGGGCUGUAAGAUGCGGGACCACAUAGUGAAUGUGUCAGACAGUGGAGACUGUACCGGGGACCACCAGGUGAUCUCAGCCCAGACCAGACUGCUCAACGACCUGCUACUACACAGAGAGACGGUGUGUGUACCCAACACACCCCUACCAGAGACAGGGCCUGGAGACUCCCCCUCCAGUGGUUCAGAGAGGGGGGAGCGGCUACUGGACUGUGACAUCCUGGUAGAGCCGGGCCUUCUGGGACUUCAGAGAGGAGAGGGCACCACUUUUUCCCUGUUGAAAAACUGGAGCCGGCAACUGAGGCAGCAGACGCUGCUGUCUGAGGAUGAGGAGUAUACCACGGGGUCAGAGGUCACUGAGGAUGAGGUGGGGGAUGAAGAGGAGGCCAGCAAGAAACAAGCUGCUAAGAAGGCCAAGAAGUUGAGCAAACCUUUGAAGAGGCAGAUGUCCUCACCCAAUUUCCAUCGCAAAGAGAAAGCAGUGGAGAAAACCCCUUCGAGGGACAACACUCCAUUCAGAGUGAGUGCCCAGAAGAGUAAAUGGGACAGCUCUCGCUCCAUUCGCUACAACCAAGACGCCCAAAGAGAGGAAGACCAGCGGCGUAUGGUGGAGAUCAUUGGUCAUCUGACUAAGAUUAGGUUCGGAGAUCAGGAACAGAGGAAGUCCAAGGACACUAAAGACCGUGCAGCAGGGAUCUACUCCAGGCUAGAGGCCCAGUUCAAGUCCUCCUCCCAGGCCAGGGGACGACAGAGUGGCCCUGAGAAGACCCUCAGAGUGAAGCCACGCUUCAGCCAAGCUCGAACCACAUAGAUAUUGGAAAGAGGAGGCGGGAAGGAGGAAGAUAAGAGGGAGAAGAAGAAGAGGAGGGAAGGAGGGAGA